GGGCGGGCUUUUUGAUGAAGGGCCGGCGGUGGGAAAGAUGGCGGCGGCUUCGAGACCCUCCUGGUGGCAGCGGUGGCGGCGGCGCGCGUGGGCUCGGGACGGGGCCAAGCUUUUGCUCUUUCUCCUUCUGUUGGGGUCUGGGCCGGGGCCGCGGCAUGUCAGGGCGGGUCAAGCGGUGGAGUACUUGAAACGGGAGCACUCGCUGUCGAAGCCCUACCAGGGUGUGGGAACAAGCAGUUCUUCGCUAUGGAACCUGAUGGGCAACGCCAUGGUGAUGACACAGUACAUCCGCCUCACUCCAGAUAUGCAAACCAUGUUUCCUGAAAGACUGGGAACUGCAGGUGCACUUCAAGAUUCACGGCCAAGGGAAGAAGAAUCUGCACGGAGACGGCUUGGCAAUCUGGUACACAAAGGACCGAAUGCAGCCAGGGCCUGUGUUUGGAAACAUGGACAAAUUUGUGGGGCUGGGAGUGUUUGUAGACACCUAUCCCAAUGAGGAGAAGCAGCACGAGGCCCAGAAGAGGCGCUAUUCUCCAGGAGUCCAGCGGGUAUUCCCCUACAUCUCAGCCAUGGUGAACAACGGCUCCCUCAGCUAUGAUCACGAGCGGGAUGGGCGGCCUACAGAGCUGGGUGGCUGCACAGCCAUUGUCCGAAAUAUCCGUUAUGACACCUUCCUCGUGAUUCGCUAUGUCAAGAGGCAUCUGACGAUAAUGAUGGAUAUUGAUGGCAAACAUGAGUGGAGGGACUGCAUUGAGAUGCCCGGGGUCCGGCUCCCCCGGGGCUAUUACUUCGGCACUUCCUCCAUUACUGGGGAUCUCUCUGAUAACCAUGAUGUCAUUUCCCUCAAGUUGUUUGAGCUGACUGGAGUGAGGACCCCAGAAGAAGAAAAGCUACAUCGAGAUGUAUUCCUGCCCUCGGUGGACAAUCUGAAGCUGCCAGAGAUGACAGUGCCACCAACGCCCCUGAGUGGCCUGGCUCUCUUCCUUAUUGUCUUCUUCUCCUUGGUGUUUUCCGUAUUUGCCAUUGUCAUCGGGAUCAUACUCUACAACAAAUGGCAAGACCAGAGCCGGAAACGCUUCUACUGAGCCCGCUGCCAUCAGUCCCUCUACGGUGUUUACCAUAAGGUGUGGGUCUGAGCAUACAGCCUAGCGAGUCGGCCCAUUGUUCAGGGACUGUGUUCUGUCACUGGAGAUUUGAAUGCUAGGAGCCUGCAUCCUCAUGGUCAUCCACGGGAACAUCUCACUGGCCCAGGAUACCACCACAGGGCCGAGCAGCUGUGGCAUGCCUUUCCCUGGAGUCCUUCCAUUUCCGAGUACAGAGACAUGGAGAAAUACCUGCUGUGAUGCCUAAAUUACACAAUUGGGCAGAUAGCCUAAGUGUGGACUGGACACAGUAGGCCUUCCAUUGCAUUUUAGAAUUCCCAAAUAGGAAACCAGAACCGGUACACUCUGGAGACCCACUUACUGGUCUUUGCUUUGCCCAUGCCUCUUUCUACUUCAGGAGCUCCUUGGCAAUCUGGAUGGAGACUUCUCCCUCACCCGCCUGUCUCCCUCCACUCACCGUCCUCUUUAUAUGCAUCCUUAGCUAGGAAAGAAGUUUGCCGCUCUCAUUAGCUGGACCUGGGGCUUCCUGCAGCCUCUCAUUGCUUCAGCCUCUUCUCUGCUGGGUGGAUCCUGUUUCUGACUGUGGCUGUGUCUUCUGCUUUCCUCAUCAAAGGAAACCUUCAGGCCUUUGGAUGGUUUGGCUAAAAGUUGUUACAACUCAAGAGAAGCUUGGAGGAGUUGACAGAUGCUGUGAGGUUAACUCUGGAAUCAUCCAGGUCCAGGUGUGCCUCAGAGAGCAGUGUUGGCUGCGUCUGGACCUGCUGGAGCCUGCUUAGUCGCAUGUGUUGUGUUUGUCCUGAUUCUGCUCUGAGUGUUGGAAGUGAUAAGCAGCUUUCUUCUUACUCCCUGGACUUGGACAUGGCCCCAAGAUGCUUGGCCUCUUACUAAGAAGAAACAGUUGGUAAUCUGUUACACAUCUCUGAGAGUGAAAGCCCUUCAUCCUCUGUGCCUGGAAAAGUUGUGGUCCUGGAGCAGCAGCACAGCUUGAGUGCCCUUGUGUGUCACCUAUUACACUGCCUUAUUCCACAAGGGCCACAUGCUGCUCACCUAUCUUCUCUGUGGUUAAAUUGGUCACAGGCUAGUCUCCCUGGAGGGCCUGGCACAGUUCUCUGUAGCCCGAGGAAAAGGCUUCAUAAAGUAGCUGAUGGAACCACUCAUGAGUUCUGGCUCAGUGGCCUUCUUGUAGUGUGGGCUUGGUUGGGGGCUCCAGCCUUUUUCCUGAGCCUCAGGUGUGUCUGCUGUCAUCCUGCCCCUCCUGGAUGGUUGGGAAAACCCUCACCCAUCCCUUACCCCAUCCGUCCAUAGACGAGGAGGAAGGUCACCCUAGCUGCAGGUGAGAGUUCAUCUCAGCCCCCUGUCUAUGGGAGUCUGUGUUGUCCUUACGCAGGAGAAAAAAAGAUGGGGUGCAGGAAGCCUUACACCUUCCCUCAGUAGCAUAACAGCUUAAGGGGAACCAGGGAACAAGCUGGAAUAUAGGUUGGCUCUAGUAUUAGGAGUGCUGAAAAGUAAUCGUAGUUUUGUCUGCUUUGAGUUUAUCUCAAAGGUAGAUUGAGUGGGUCCCAUGGUAGAGGAUCUAAGUGGUCUGUUGAGAUGACUCUCACUGCCACGGGACUGAAAGGAUUUGCCCACAGGAAGAGUGAGAGAGUGAGUCAGGUUAGCCUAACUCCUGCUCAUGAGCACCUUGAUGCUUUGAAAGAGACCAGAAGAGAGGCUCUGCAGUCCUCAUGUAGCCUGGGAACUAGUCUUUUCCCUUUUGAAAAAUGUGUACAAGAAAGCCACCCAUGCACACACCUUUAAUCCCAGCACUCAGAGGCAAAGGCCAGUGGGUCUCUGAGUUCAAGGCCAGCCUGGUCUAUGGAGCAAGUUCCAGGACAGACAGAACUAUACAGAGAAACCCUAUCUUGAAAAAUUGAAAACAAAAAACCAAGCCAAUUAAAAACAAACCCUACCCAUCCAGCAUCCUGCAUCCUGCCCCAGCUCUGGUUUUAUUAUUGUUGCAGAAGCAAAUGUUUUCCAUGCUGAGUAAGGCUGGAGGUGGUGCCUGUCCUGGUGCGGCUCUUGUGCCCUCACACUUGAGUGGAAGCUGUGGCCUCGAUGUAUGGCACACGGUUACCCUUCCCCUGCCAAGGACUAGAUAGGGUGAUUAAAUAUGGCAUCGCUUCCCAAGUCUCACAGAGAUGCCAUUUUCAGCCUUUCACAUUGUCUUCCAUCCCAACCCCCAAGUCUUAGGUUGGCUCUGUUAGAAAAAUGAAUUUAUUUCAAUAGAAAAUUACAGCUCUGCUCUUCUUGUCAGAAGUGAUCUCUAAACAUGUAUGAGUCAGAGUGUGCACAGCUUCUUUGAUGUGCCCUAGAAGACUCAAACAAGAUCUGCCAGGAAGCCCGAGGCACAGGGUACUUGGCAGGUGGGAGAAAGGAAGGCCAGAUCACGGAGCCUCAUGGAGCUGGAGCCUCUGGGAAGACAUGGCUUGCGUGAUAUGUUGAGCCCUCCAUGGUGAGAAUGGAAGAGUUGAUAUUGCUGGUGUUCACCGUACCGAUGAGAUUGACUAUUUUAAUGGGAGAAGACAGCCGGAGUUGAGGUUUGAUCCAGUUCAUAGCGAAAUAGCUCUAGAGAAAAGAGACAUCAGAGUAGUCUAAAGUAGCAACUUAAAUGUGCUCUGAGAGCUAAUGCAAGAGUGGCCAGUGCCAUUGUCCCUUCCCCAUGGGUUAGCACUCACCGGAGCAGAAUAGACGAAGUUGAGCAGUAUAAACCCUAUAACCAGUGUCACCACUAAGCAUAUGAUUUUGGAGCGGUAGCGUUUGCAGACAGCAUAGCAGAAGUUUUUAAUAGGUGACUGGUACCACAGUAAGAAGGAAUCAUUUCGCCUGCCCGUGACAGGGACAGAGAGCAAGAGCAAUCUUCAGGUCAAGAUCCAGAGCAAAGGGCUUCCCUUUUUUUGACAGGUUGGGAGUCCCUUACACUCAACCUCAGGUCUUAUUUUCUGAUGUCAACUAAACCAGGUAGGAGGAAGUAGCUGUCCCUCUCCACACAGAGGCCCACCAGCCACCACCACCCUGUACCAAGUAGGAAAAAGCUGGGCUUUGCACCACCGCCCUCCAGGGCCCUUACUCAGGAGGAUGAAGCAUAGGGAACUGGUUGGGUUCGGACUGGCCUCGGCCGGCUGGCCUGAUUAGAGCUUCUCUCUCUGAUAGCAUCUCAAGAGUCAUCUUGACUUUACCCUAGGAAUACCAAAGGACAGAGCAGGGGCUGCCGUGUCAGACAGAGGGCAAGGUCGUCUCAGGACCACUUCCCUACCACCACAAAGGAAAAGAGGUUUGGCUGCAGCCCCCCAGAAGUUUGCUAGAGAGGUCCUAUUCACUAAACACAUUCCCCAGCCCCUACCGACAAACGCCACUUGUCACCAUCUAGGACCUGACAAGGCCACCAUCCAGUUACAUUGGUCUUCUUAAAGAGAGAGAUACGCUUCUGUGGGGUGAAAGGCCAUUUGGAGUCAGUCUCCAUCAUCUUGAGGGAACAUUGCUUGAUGUUCUGAGCCGGAAGGGGCAUGUCUGAUAAAUCCAGCUCCAAGACCCCUGAGGCCAGAGAAAGGCUGUUGUCAGCAAAAGGAGUUCCUCAUCCCAUGUCACAAACCCUACAUCAGGACCUCACCUAAGAAGUCAUCUGGGGAAAAGAAGUCAUUGUCCCAAAUCUGGAUCAUGAGCCGGGCUGGAAACUUCGUUGAUGUGGGAUCCAGGCUCCAUAUGUAGUCCUGGAGGAUAGCAGAAGGCUGUUAGUGGCCUGCUGCUUGGAUAUUUUUCUCAGAUACCUACUUGUCCUCUAGUGACAGACUAUCAAGGAAGAAGAGUUCUGCCUGAGGACAUGACCUAACAUCCUGGAACAGCUUGCAGGUCUCUGAAAGGAGGGGGUAAUCUCUUGGAGCCUAGGCCUCUUUCCCUCUUUCUCCUCCCCACCCCUUCCUUACCUUCUGACUUUGGACACAUGCACGCUCCGUUGUCAGAUAGUCCAUGGUAAAGAUGAACCUCCAGUUGAAGGUGGCCUCCCCAGUCAAGGAGUGGUAGUGGACAUCUGUCUUCUGAGUAUCCUCCUCUAGCCCAAAGAGCCACCUGGGGACAGAGUCCUUUUACCUUGGGUUCCUGUGUGUGGUCCUCAUCCCCCAGACAGGCGCAAGUGGUGAUGGAGGUGUUCCCCUUAGGACUAGGAGGCUCUAGCAGGGUAACAGAACCAGGGAGCUAGGUGGCCCUCUGGAGCCCUCCUCCCCUGCCUGCCUUACCCUUUCACGUAGAUAUCGCUCAUUUUCUCUUUACUGAAGGUCUCUUGGACCAGGUCCACUUCAGCUGUGCUCCAGAUGAUACAACGCAGUUGGUACCUGCAGCCACUGUGCUCUGAGGCUAGGGUGAGAACCCACCCCACAGCCACAAACAGCCUUGCCUGCCCACAGAGCCUGGACUUGGGCAAUAAAGCUCGUUCUAAUCUCAAUUGAGAGUUUCUACUCCCUGGGCUUGUAGGCAGCGGCACCCUGCACCCCGGGGGCUGAGCUGGAGCUCCACGCUCAGGAGCUGAGCUUUAGCGUACUCACCGUUUAGGCUUCCUGGGGCUGAUGUUGACUUGCGGCCCAGGAGGCCCCAGCAUCUUGGGGAAGAUAUCCACCCACAUUUGUAUUUUUCCCUAGAGUCAGAAUGGAUUUGCUGGUUGGGGGUUGCUGGUCUCUUUGGACUUGGAUGGCAUGAGGAUGUGACACAUAGGUUGGACUACCACCCAGGGGCAGGGCUUAGAGGUGACAAGUGACAAGUGUCACCUCCUGGGAGGUGACAGUGACCACCUGCCAGCUCCUUUAACUUUUGCCUGGGAAGGCAAGUGAGUAGGGAUGAAGGAUCUGGCUCAGAGAGUCCAAGUGGCCAUUGAGCUCUCACUUAUGGCUGGGUAGGGGGCGAGGAGGUCGUGCUAGAUGGCCUGUUGGUAGGAUCCAUGCUGGGGCUGGGCCUCUUGUACUCACAGCAUGGAAGCCCUAAGUAAGAGGAAACUAGAUAGGAAGGUCCUAUGUGUUGUGUGGCCACAGCCUAAGGAUAUUAAGCCAGCCACAAAGUAGUUGAGAGAUACAGACAGACAGACAGACAGACAGGCAAUAUGAGAAUUAGUGGUGUAAAUGGUAAAA